AGCAAUUUCAGAGAGAACCUUGGUUUCUCCGACAGCUACCACUGGACAUUGGCUUCUAAAAUCAGAGAUUUUGUAAACCAGUCCUCUGUCACGUUUGCCUAUGAAAACCGAAAUUUUUGAAGUUACCUUGGAGGCAGCUGAGUUUUCGGAGGCACUCUUCAGGAAAGCGCGAGCCUGGCAUCAGAAGGCGAGCUCACAAAACCGAUCCGCGACCACUGCUGCCAGCUGUGAGCCCGUUGUGCAGCGUCUCUGAAAGCAGGUCGCUUUAGGGCUGUCCUAAAGGCGGUUCCUCGGGCUUCCUCCUCACACAGCGCUGCGCUGCCCCUUCCCCUCACACCCGUGCUGCGGGGGUCUCCUCCUCUCCUCUCCCUUCAGCGCCGCUCCCGGGCUCGGACGGGCCCUCUACAAACCCCCAUCCCCUCAGGGGCCACCAGAGGCGGCCAGCCCCUUCCCCCGGAGGGGCUCCGGGGAUCCCCCUCGCACUCUGCGGGCGGGGACCGGGGGAGGUCCCGUCCCCGUCCCCGUCCCGUCCCGCCCGCAGGGGGCGACGCUGGCGGCCUCCCCCCGCCGCCUCGGCUGCUGGCGGGGCCAUGGCGGGGAAGAGCCUCGGCCUCGUCAUCCUGCUCCUCCUGGCCGCCACGGAAGCCCUCGGGGCAGGGGAGCCGCGGGGCUGUGAGGCGGUGCGGAAAGUUUUCCAGUUGCGACAGCUCGGGCCCCUCCGGGGGGUGCCGGACUCGCCGCGGGCAGGGGUUGAUCUCCAGGUUUGUACUUCAAAAAAUCCAACAUGCUGCAACAAAAAGAUGGAAGAAAGAUAUCAGACCGCAGCAAAGCAAGAUAUACACCAAGUGCUUCAAACAUCAAGUGCUACAUUAAAAUUUUUAAUAUCUCGUAAUGCAGCUGCAUUUCAAGAGACCUUUGAAACACUCAUCAGACUAGCUGAAAAUCACACAAGCACGCUUUUCUGCAAUGUGUAUAGGAACAUGGCUGCUGAGGCUGCUACACAUAUUCAGGAGUUUUUCACAGAUGUUGGACUCUUCAUAUUUGGCACAGACAUCAGCACAGAGGAAUUUGUCAACAGAUUUUUUGACAACCUGUUCCCAGUGGUCUACAAUCACAUUAUUAACCCUGGUCAGACUGAUGUUUCACUGGAAUAUGCGGAGUGCCUCCGAAUGGCAAGAAGAGAUAUCAGACCCUUUGGUAACAUUCCCAAGAAGGUCAUAGGACAAAUGGGAAGAUCACUGUUACCCAGCCGGACUUUCCUGCAGGCUCUUAAUUUGGGGAUUGAAGUGAUCAAUACAACAGAUCAUCUGCAUUUCUCUAAAGACUGCAGCAGAGCUUUACUGAGAAUGCAGUACUGCCCCCAUUGCCAAGGGCUGACUUCAAGUAAGCCCUGUAUGGGCUACUGCCUCAAUGUCAUCCGAGGCUGCUUAGCCUACAUGGCAGAAGUUGAUCUUCACUGGCAGGAGUACAUUCAGUCCUUGGAGGAGCUCUCAAGCGCCAUGCAUGGUACAUACGACAUUGAGCACGUGCUUCUAAACUUUCAUUCAGUUGUUAACGAUGCUCUUAUAAAAGCUCAUGUACACGGACCUGAAUUAUCUGAGCAGGUGAACAAGGUAUGUGGCCCUCCUGUAAGGAAGCCUGCACAGUCUCCAAGUUGCUCUUUUGAUCAGAACAAAGAUAAUGAAGGGCUGAAGAUGUUCUCAAGAGACAGUGAAGAAACCCUUGCCAACAGAAGAAAAGAAUUUAUCAGCCACCUCCGGCUCUACAGAGCCUUUUACGGCGGGCUGGCUGAUCAGCUGUGCGGUAAUGAGUUGGCAGCUGCUGAUGGACUCCCGUGUUGGAAUGGAGAAGAUGUUGUAAGAAGCUAUACUCUUCGCGUGGUUGGCAGUGGAAUCAAAGCUCAGUUUGGGAAUCCAGAAGUAAAAGUGAAAGGAACAGAUCCUGUAAUAAAUCAAAUUAUUGACAAGCUGAAACACAUAAUUCAGCUAUUGCAGAGCAAAUCAUUUCCUAAAUAUGAUAACUGGGAUCUGCGACAAACAGGCAGUGGUGGAAGUGUGGAUGAACAAAUCAGUGGAGAUUGUGAUGAUGAAGAUGGUUGUGGAGGAUCAGGAAGUGGAGAAGUAAAAAGAGUCAUGAAAAUUACAGACUUGCAGCUGUCUUAGAGUAUACAAACAGGAGGGAUUCCUUUCAGAAGAAAUCAGACUGGAAGAUGCUGCCUAAGAACACACCUCUACCUGCCAGUGCGAAGACAUAAUGAACCGGAAUUAAUCAAAAAUAAAACACUAAAAUGUGCGAAAAGUGGGCUUUGGUACACAGCCUCAAUUCCACAUAUCUACACUCUAUAAAUCCCACUUAUGUGCUGCAGUCUCUGCUAAUGUAGACAUUAAUUUCAAAUGUUUUCCUGUGUUUGAUAUUCUGCUAAACUGAUAAUGACAACUGCUAAACUGAUAAUUUAAGUACAACCCUAUAUAAGGAACACAUUAGAUCAGGAUAAAUGGUCUUAAAAGCCACUUGACAAUCACAAUAGUUGAACUCACAAAGCAGUCCACACCCUCCUUGCUAACUUGCUAUCCCUGGUACCCAAGCUAAUCGUUUUAUUACUGCCUAAGUCCGCAAUUUAGACACACCUAUCUCCUCUACUAUUGUAUUGCAGCUCCUAUACUCAGAGUAAAUCUCUGGUAGCACAGGGUGAUUUUCAGGUAACCAUUUUUUUUUUGUUUUGUUUUGCUUUUAUUAGUAUAACACCAUAUGAGCAACUGUGCAGUAAAUGGCACUUCAGAUCCUUUCUAGCAGACUAGAAGUGACUGGAAAUGGAGAGCAAAUAUGGUUUGUGGGUGUUUGUUUGAACACCACAAAAUUUACAGUCCACACUGAAAAUUAAACAUAGAUAGUUAAGUUUUCAUAGAUGAAAUCAGUGAA